AUGGGGGGAGGAAAGAUUGUCGCAGUUGGCGCCUCGAUUUUACUAGUAGUUGGAGUAUGCGUUGGUCUUAUAGUAGGUGUAAGUCGCAAGAAUUCUAAUGAUGAUGGUUAUCCUAAACUUUCUACAAGUUCAAAGGCUAUGGCUGCUGUUUGUGGCCCAACUGAUUUUAAAGAAGCUUGUUUUAAUAGCGUGAACUCAGCUGCCAACAAUAAGAGUGCUACGCCGAAAGACUUCAUCCAAGCAGCUAUUCAAUCCACAAUCCAUGUGGUGGAAGAAGCAAUUAAAAAAACAGGAACUGUGUUUGACACUGGAGAUCCCAGUCAAAAAAUGGCAAUGGAAGACUGUGAAGAAUUGUUGAGUUUUGCUAUUGACGAGCUAAAAGCCUCCCAUUCAGCGGUGGGUGGAAGUGCAUUGGAGUCUUUGGGUGAUAGGAAGGAUGAGAUUCUGAACUGGUUAAGCGCUGUAAUAUCGUAUCAACAAUCAUGCAUUGAUGGUGUGAAUCCGCCAGAAUUGAGGCAUCAAAUGUCUAAUGCGAUUCUUCAAAAUGCAACACAGUUAACAAGUAAUGCCUUGGCUAUUGUUUCUUCAAUUUCAGGGAUCAUAAACACAUUCCAUCCGCCAAUGAACAAGACUGCAAGUUCUCGUCGACUUUUAAGCUUAUCUGAAACUGGUGAUGGUAAUUUCCCUGAAUGGCUUUCAGCUUCAGACAGGAAGUUGUUAGAAAGCCAUGACAAUGGUGAACUGACUCCCGAUGCAGUUGUUGAUAAAGAUGGUAGUGGACAAUAUAAAACUAUUGCUGAAGCCCUUGAUGCAUAUCCAAAAGAACUGAAAGGAAGAUAUGUUAUAUACGUGAAGACUGGAAUUUACGAAGAGUACCUUACUGUAACGAAGGAUCAAGUUAAUGUGUUCAUGUAUGGCGAUGGACCCCGGAAGACAAUCAUCACAGGACAUAAAAACAACGGCGAGGGUGUCUCGACCUUUAGGACUGCAACCUUCUCUGCAAUUGGGACUGGAUUCAUUGCAAAGUCAAUGGGGUUUCAAAACACAGCUGGUCCGGAAGGGCACCAGGCGGUGGCACUCCGGGUUCAGUCGGACAUGUCAGCCUUCUACCACUGCAGAAUGGAUGGGUACCAGGACACAUUGUAUGCACAAACUCAUCGUCAAUUCUAUCACAACUGUAUCAUCUCUGGAACAGUUGAUUUCAUCUUCGGUGACUCUGCUACAGUCGUCCAGAACUCUUUAAUCAUUGUUAGGAAGCCAAUGGACAACCAACAGAACACAAUAACUGCUCAUGGACGAUCAGAAAAACGUGAAACCACUGGCUUUGUAAUCCAUAACUGCCGCAUUGUCCCAGAACAGAAACUGUUUCCAUUGAGAUUCAAGAUCCCCACUUACUUGGGUAGACCCUGGAAGUUAUUCUCAAGAACUGUUAUUAUGGAAGCAGAAUUGGGAGAUUUUAUUCAACCAGCAGGGUGGCUGCCAUGGGAUGGGACCUAUGGAUUGGAUACACUGUAUUAUGCUGAAUUUGCAAACCGAGGCCCUGGGGCUGUGACAAAUAAUAGGGUCAAUUGGCUGGGAUACCAUGUCAUUACAAACAGAAAUGAAGCACUUCAAUUUACAGCUGGUUCAUUUAUACAAGGAGGCCUGUGGCUGAAAGACACAGGAACACCUUUCUUACUAGGCCUGAGACAUUAA